AUGGCCUCCCGCCGCCGGAGACCCGUCACCCCGCGCGAUCCGGACCGCGCUGCACGCGCCGCACAGUACGCAAACGUCGGGCCGUCUGACGCCAGACUCGGAUUACGCAUCGCGCAUAUUGGUAUCCUCGCGGUGACGGGAGGAAUGUUUGCGUACUUAUUAUCGCUGUUCCGACUUACACUGCUCUCAAAGGCCGUGGGGUGGGCUUUUGCAGCUUCGGCGAUCGUCCUCGCCGCCAAGCUUCUUGACGAACGACCAAGCGCAGCGAGGAGGAGACGCCGCGCUCGCGUUUGGGCCAGCGUGCACGCCCUCAUCCGCGAUGGCGUUCGCAUGAUCUCGUGUGCGUCGGGGCGCGCAGCAGCCGGCAUGGCGCCCUCGGCCCUCUCGUCACCAUUCGUCAGCCCGGCAAAGGACGCGCUGCACCUAGACGAUGAUGAGAAGGGGAUCGACGACGCGUCAACGCCUACCGGCAAGAGCGGGCUGACCCUCGCCCCAUCCACCCUCGCCCCACCCACCCCCCCAAAGCUCACGCCGACCGUAUCGGUCUCCGAGUCCGAGGCCAGCGCGCGUGCCGAGGAGCUCCUCGGCGUCCUCGCGUCCUUUCCCGUCGCGCUGCACCACCACAUCAUUGGGAUACGCGCGCUGCCGCACCCGCCUCUUAUUGAUCUUCUGCCCACCGGGUACCUCUCGUCUCUUAAGCGCACUGACGCACGCGUGCGCUUCGCGGCGAACCACGCAGGGCCCAGCGGCUCGGGAUCACCGCGCACGGCCAAGAACGGUCUCGCGAACGGCAACGAGAAGGAGGGCAGUGACGACGAGAGCGAUGGCGGCAGUACACGUCCCGCCAAGAAGUCCAACCUGCAGACGCCGUACCCUGCCAACCUUCCCCUCUCGCUCCUCCGCCUUAUGGAAGCGUACAUCCUCGGACUGGGCGGUUUGCCAGCCGAGCGCGGCGGGUGGACCGCGGUACAAACCGAGCGCGCCCUUGACGUCGUCAAGGGCCUCAACGUGCAGCUGUCAAUUGCCGAGGGCGUGUAUGACGAACCACCACCGCUCAUCGACGUCCAUCUCUGCCUCAACAUUGCACUGGCCUUUCUGCCAUUAUGGCUCGCGACCGUCGUUCGCGGCUGGUUGGCUGUACUGCUGACCAUUACCAUUGCGGCUUGGGCCAAAUUCGUUCUUGAGUCUGCACUUACAGAGCCAAACCCUGGAGCCAAUAAUCACCCUCUCAAAUGCACAACGCUACAAACUGUGCAUGAAGCCAUAGACACAUGCCCCGCACUAGCUCGGUACUACCGUGCACGUCUUGUCUCGCGCGUGGGUGCAGACGCGCCCGAAGUGGCCGAGCACGAUCGACGUAACCGACGCGACCGAGACGAGUGGCUGCCGACGUUUAGUUAG